CCUGAGGAAAAGCCCACACCUUGUUCAUGUGCUAUGGAUAACUUUCUGUAACUGGCGCGUUUUUACGCACAACGACACGAUGAGCGUCUGGACUUCUCGGUGCGCUCUCUUGACCUUGCUCUGUAUCUUUCUAAACUGUUCGGGCACACGCUCAACUUUCGAGGUGACACUGCUUCACACAAACGACAACCAUGCACGGAUCGAGGAGACCAGCGAGGAUUCGGGGAAGUGUCCAGCCGGGGGUCCAUGCUUCGGCGGGGUCGCCAGGAGGUUCACUACAGUGUCGGAGAUCAGGAAAAAGGAGAAGAACGUGUUGUUGUUGGAUGCUGGAGACCAGUUUCAGGGAACUGUCUGGUUUAACUACUAUAAAGGCGCCGAAGCAGCCCACUUCAUGAACAAACUCGGUUAUGAUGCUAUGGCUUUUGGAAAACAUGAGUUUGACAACGGAGUGGAGGGUCUCAUUCAGUACUUCCUCCAAAAUGUUACUUGCUCUGUGGUAUGCCAACAUUAUACCUGCUACUACCAGCCCUACACAGUCAUGAAUGUGGGCUCAGAGACAGUUGCUGUGGUGGGCUACACCACUGCUGAGACCCCCUUCUUAUCCAUGCCAGGCCAACACUUAAAGUUUGAGGAUGAAGUGAAAGCACUUCAGGUUCAGGUUGAUGAGCUGGAAACACAGGGCUAUAAUAAGAUCAUUGCCCUGGGCCUCUCUGGCUUUGACGUGGAUCGAGAUAUUGCCACGCGCGUGAGAGGAGUUGAUGUCGUUAUUGGAGGACACACCAACACAUUCCUCUAUAAGGGAAACCAGCCAUCCACUGAAGUGCCCGCAGGUCCAUACCCUUUUAUGGUGAGGUCUAACGAUGGGAGAAACGUGCCCGUGGUCCAGGGCUUUGCCUUUGGGAAGUACCUUGGCUACUUAAAACUUACCUUUGACGACUUUGGGAAUGUGGUUAAAGCUGUUGGAAACCCCAUCCUAAUGGACAGUAGCAUACCUCAAGACUGAUGUCCUUGUUGACAUUGAGAAGUGGAAAAAAGUUGU